AUGGUCCUGACUAAAGUUCUCCUCCUGGUUGCAGAGCUGUCCAUCAGUGAGACCCUUCCCCUCGUUACAGACAUGUUGCUGUGGGAGAAUAAAAGCAUCUGUCAUUUAGAGAUUGCAUACAGUCAAAUAUGUAGCUAUGGAAUUUGGAUUAAAAGUGAACAACAGAAUGUUAUUUUCAACAGUAUUGGGUCAGGUAACAGCUACAACAUGAAAAUGUCUGGAAACCUGAGAGAACAAAACUGCACCACUCUGUUGUCUGAUUUGGACAAAAAUAAAACAAAGUUCUUCAGAAUUGAGAACGGACCUUUCAAGGCAACAGCUUGUGAUGAUCCUCUUCAGAUAACAGUCAGAGAUUCUCCAUGGAGUCCCACAAUCAACAUCUCAGGUGAAGUGAAGGAGAAGAAGUCUGUCACUAUCAGCUGCUCAGCUUUCACUCCCUGUCCACUCCCUCCUCAACUUACCUGGAACCUCCAACAAAACUCUCACAGCCAAAUAGAGGAAAACACAGAUGGAACCUUUACAAGUAAAAUCCAGCAGAGCAUCACUCUGUCAGACUCACAUGAUGGAUUCAACAUCAGCUGCUCUGCCACAUAUCCUGUGGAUGAAGGAAAACCUGGAAAGACCAAAGAGACACAACAGACUCUCAGUGUUACAUAUGCCCCCAAAGAAACCUCAGCAUCCAUCAGUCCAUCAGGUUUGGUGUCAGCAGGUAGCUGGGUGAACCUGACCUGCUCCAGCAGAGUCAAUCCUCCCAUCAGCAGCUUCUCCUGGUUCUUAAAAACUAAAGAUGGACCCAAGAAAGUAGCUGAAGGACACUUUUAUCAGUUUAAUGUCACUGUUGGAGGAGUUUAUCACUGUGAGGUCACAAACAUUAUUGGUAACCAGAUGUCAGCUGAGAUUCCUCUGACUGUUGAAGUGAAGAUCCUGGGAAUCGUGACGCUCUACAGCACAUUCAUCAUCUUUGAGUGUGUUCCCAACCGCCACUACCUCCUGUGCCUGGUCUGCAACAAGAGCCAGGACUGCCUCUCUGUCCGUCUGGAACGGACCUGCAUGAAGCAGACCAGCAGAGAGGAAAGGGAUAAAGUGGUGACAAAGGCCAAAGAAGAGGCUAGUGUGCUGCUGAGGUCUGGCCGCGUUUAUACCUACCAGCUCCUCCAGGACAUUUUGGGCGCCAAAGACCCUCUCAAGAGGCUGAUUGAGGAGCUGCAAAGGAGGAAGAACGUGGUGACCAAUGUGCCAUCAGUUCCAUCCACCGCCGCCCAGCUCCCUGAUGAACAGGCCGGGCCUUCCACUGCCACGGGCCGGCCUGACUCCCCUGAGGAGUCGAAUUGA